CGCUCGACUGGAGGGUUUACCGCGUGAGCGGCGCAGCCGGGAGAGGCUUAGGCGGCGGCAACCGGUGAUUGGCAGCAAAGGAGUUCACUCCCUAUCGCCUGCUCGAACUGAACCAGUUUAGCCAAUCAGAGCGAGGACUGACAGGAACGAUCCAAUCCCGGAGCUGGGCUGAGGUUUGGGGCGGGGACAAGUGGCCUAGGUGGACUUGGGACUGGAGCUGUCCUAGGGGAGCUGGUUUGCGGAUGCUGCUGGUACUCUGACUGCAGUAGUUCUGGGUCGCCAGGCAGAGCGCCCUGUCUCUGAGGGGAGUCAUGAGCCGCUUCCUGAAUGUGCUACGGAGCUGGUUGGUUAUGGUAUCCGUCAUAGCCAUGGGGAACACGCUCCAGAGCUUCCGAGACCACACCUUUCUCUAUGAAAAGCUCUACACUGGCAAGCCAAACCUUGUCAAUGGCCUCCAAGCCCGGACCUUUGGGAUCUGGACGCUGCUGUCCUCAGUGAUUCGCUGCCUCUGUGCCAUUGACAUCCACAACAGAACGCUCUAUCAUAUCACCCUGUGGACAUUCCUCCUCGCCCUGGGACACUUUCUCUCUGAGGUGUUCGUAUUUGGAACAGCAGCUGUUGGCGUUGGCGUUCUGGCACCCCUGAUGGUAGCAAGUUUCUCGAUCCUGGGCAUGCUAGUUGGGCUCCGGUACCUAGAAACAGAGCCAGUAUCCAGACAGAAGAGAAACUGAGGCCAGCCUUGCCACCUGCAGAACGUCACCGCCUUCCCGCCUUUGCCAUCUUCCUUCUUUAGUCUCUGUCCUUACUUGGAUCAUUUCUUUUUGGCUGUAUUCUUAGCUCCUUCAUCUAGGUUCGGUAUCUUAAGCUUUU